CUAGCUAGUACUCGCAUCAGUCAUAGCAGCAGAGAUAGAGAGCUUCAGCCACGUCCAGCUCACAGUAACCGAAGUCUCUUGCAUCAGCGCACGAAUCCACAUAUCUCCCCACUCACGCCACUCUUACGAUCCAACCCGCAACGGCGACACACCUCACUCUCGAUCAAGUUUGAACACUUUCCACAAACAAGUCAAUGGAACGACCCGGCGAAGAAACCAACAUGAUCAGCGCCGUCCUUCUCAUCAUCAUCACCCUCUUCCGUAAGUCUGUGGGCGUCUUCAUCGUCACAGGAUGCGGAAUGGACCUCUUCAUCAACAUCGUGCUGACCUGCCUUGGGUAUUUCCCCGGCCACAUACACGCGUACUAUCUCGAAUAUGUCUACUACAAGCGACGCGAAGAGUCCUCGCGCGGAUUCUAUGAUAAUAACCGGGCGCCGGCGAUCUACAGCGACCGAGUGCAGACGGGAGGGCGGGGAUACGGGACGAUUGCGGCGCCGACUUGAGGGUCGGUCACUCGCCAUCAGUGGCAUUCGGUUGAGAUGCUGAAGGUUACGAAGGAUGAGUAUGGUUUACGAAAUCAGUGGGGAAUUCAGGUAUUUGUAGAUUAGGGAUCGGUACUGAUCUGUCAGUGGACGUGGAGUUCGGUCGGUGGGAUUAGGGUUGGGUUCAUGGAAUAAUGAGAUAUCUGAUGGGUUCUAUCGCUUCAAUUGGUUAAUGAAAACGCCAUGAGGAGUCCCUGUUUGAUCUGAUGCUUCGUGUAUGGAUAUUUCUAAUUGUCGAUUUCCAUACAUUCAGCUUUUCAUGGAUGACACUCAACCAGCUCACUCCCAAAUCCCCAUGGCCUCGGGCUGAGUCACCAACCAGUACCAAAACCGAUGCUAUUUGAACUA